AUGAUCUCUGAAUACCGCGUCUAUGUUGUUCGUGGCGAGAUCCGGGCGGUCUGCCACUACAAGGGCCCCAGUGAGGGUCUGGGCGCGCUUGACGUGACCGUUGUGGAAGAGGCCGUGCAGACGUUGUGCAAGAGCCCCGAAGGCGAGGGCCUUGCAGGCUUUGGCAUGGACUUCGCCGUGCUCGAGGAGGGAACCUGCUUGGUGGAGGUCAACGAUGGCUUCUCCUUGGGCAAGUACGAGGGUAUUUCCGGUCAGGACUAUACCGACCUCCUGGUCGCCCGAUGGCAAUCACUGAUGCAGUCAGCGGCGUGA